GGUAAUGAGAUGAGAAUGACAUUUAUUAAGUUUUUUUUUAAGAUUCUGAUGAACCUAAAUAUGUUAACUCAAAAUAUGUUUUAAUAUUAUAUUCAUUUAUUAAAGGGUUAUGGCUUUUAAGUUUCGGUAUCUCCCCCACGGUUGCAUUUUACUAAAUAAACUUAAUUUAAGAAAUAUAAUGACAUCACCAACGAAACUCGAAAAGGCUGUGGAGCAAUUGCAAAAGAAUCCCUAUUAUGAAAAAUACGCUGAUCGCAUCGCUUCUCUGCAGAAAACUUCUCCCCAAGAGUUUUUACAAAGAUUAGAGAAACAGCAAAAGACCCAACAACAAGAAAAAAAUAAGAAGUUGGGUGCAGUUGAUACCAGACAGUUUUCAUCAGUUUUAAACCCUAAGGAAAGAGUAAGCAAGGAUUUGAUAGUAGAAGAUAAAAAGCUUGAGGCAAUUUUUAAAUUAGAUUUAGUGGCAGAAAAAGAUGCUUCCGAUAUUCAAUGCAUUUGGGAAGAAUAUCACAAGAACAAAGAAGUAAUAUCGGCAACAAUUCCUCUAGAUGUUUAUGAAAUGGUUCAUGAAAAGAUGAAAGAUUACCCUACAUUCUUAUUUCCCUUGCCGCGCUCCGAGGGCUAUGAGUUUGUAAUGUGCCAGUGCCAUGGCCACACUGUGCACUUCACACCACUCCUUGCCUUUCAGGUUCAUAAAGAAAAUGCUCCCGAGUGUUUAACCAUGAUUCAUUACACAGAACUCAGCCACAAAGGAAUAGUUUUGAUGAGAGGAGAAUAUGACAAGAAUGUGUUGAAUGGUCAGGAGGCACAGUGCUUGGCAAACCAGUUCCAGAUGUACUUUAGCGGCAAAGACUUAACUAAGCAACAAUUAUUGGAGACAUUUAAUAAAAAGCCAAAUGCUUUCAAACACAUGGACCUUAUAACAGAACUAGAGAAUAUCAGCAUAGUAUAGAUCUUGCACUUAGUAAAAUCUCACAACCUUACAAACAUGGUAUAAUGUUAAACUUAGGAAUAAACCGAGUAUAGGCAUAUAUUAGUACAAAUUUUACUUAUAUUCAGUUUAUUUAUAAGUUUAACUUUAUACCACAUUUAUUUUUAAAGCUGUUAGUAUUUACAUACAUAGUUUUUUAUGUUCCCAUAGAGCCUAUGAACAAUGUUACACAAACAGGCAAGAAAGAAGAUCCAUGUUAUAUGUCAGUGAUUCAGUCUGUGUGGAUAAUAAAUAUAUUCUGGAGUAUCAUCAAGGUAUACAGGGGAGCCAGGGCAGGUGUUGCGGACACAGAGCAGAGAGCUUGAGCCACUUGUGGAAGUAGAUAAGUUAUCCCCCUGAGAAGCAGCUGCAUCUCUGAUGUAUCCCACUUUUAUAUAGUUUGUUGGAUUUUCUUCAACUAAUAUUUCAGAGGAUGAUUUUGAAAAAUGGCUGUCUCCAAAACCUUUGCUGUCAUUCUGCAAUUAUAUUGUAAUACUUGGUUUCAUUUUAUUUUUAUGGAACAUGAAAAAAUAUGAAAAGAAAAGGUUAACUACAUUGUAAUAAUCUAAUGGUCAAAUACAAAAAUAUAUAUAUCAUAAUCAA